GUUGAUAAGUAGUAUCACGUACGGGAAUUUAAAACGAUAGAUUUUCAAAACGCAUUUCAAAAUUUAUUACGAUUAUUACUACACCAUUUUGGUUCUCAUGUUUUCGCAGUUUGUCACGACUGUAGUUACGUGUUCUGCGAUCGACAGAUCGGGUGUGGUAAGACGUGCAUAUCGUCCCAACUGCUUAAAUCAUGAACAUCUGUAGGAACGCACUAAUUAGACGGUUCGGGUUCGUCGUCAAUGCACCGUCAAGAUCGUUUUGGUCGAAAUUGGUUAAAGUGGAUUUCGGCGCCUACGACGUAGUGGACCUGGGCAAUGUCAGCGGUCCCAGGUCGGUGCCUGAAUACGUAACGUUACCUUCGUACGCUAAGACCGGCAACGUGACCGACGAACCCGACCACUACAGUCCGCCGGACAUCAAGAACAGUGGUCAGAUCACGAUGUUACGGCAGAGCUGCAAGUUCGCCAGGUUCGUGCUGAAUAGCGCGGAGAGUCAACUCAAAGUGGGCGCUACGACUGACGACAUCGACGGUUUCGUGCACGAUCUGAUCAUCAGCAACAACGCGUAUCCGUCACCGUUGAACUACAAAGGGUUCAGGAAAUCCGUCUGCACGUCCAUCAACAACGUCGCGUGCCAUGGGGUGCCCGAUGACCGACCGUUAGUUGACGGCGACCUCAUAUCUGUGGACGUUUCUGUUUAUCUGAACGGUUUUCACGGUGACUGUGCGGCUACCUACUGCGUCGGCAAUGUGGAUAAAUACGGUAGAACAUUGAUGGCUGUUGCUGAACAGUGCAUGUAUAGCGGCAUAAAAGCGUGCGGCCCUGGCGUGAAUUUUUCGGCGAUCGGUGAAGCCAUAGAGUUGUGCGCUAUAAGAAACAAACAUAAAGUCUUGUCAAGCAUCACUGGGCACGGCAUAGGAACAUAUUUUCAUGGCCCGCCUGUUAUUUUUCACUCUUCUCAAAAUGAAUAUCCAGGUAUAAUGGAACCCGGUAUGGUGUUUACCGUUGAGCCUGUAAUUUGUCAAGGCAGUGAAGAUAUUGAAAUGUUAGAAGAUGGUUGGACUAUUGUAACCCAGGACAAUUCUCGAUGUGCCCAAUUUGAACAUACUAUUCUUAUUACUGAUGACGGAUAUGAUAUUUUGACCAAAUAACUUCAUAUAUUAUAUUAUAAUUAGUAAAAUCUGUUAAUAAAAAAAAAAAAAUGUACUGUUAUAAACUAUAAUAUAAUUUUCCACUGGAAUAUUUGUUAUUUACUAUGUAGACAUAUGUUAGAGAUUGUAAAAAUUGUUGUAUAUCAACAUCUUACAUUAUUCCUUAAAUAUAACCUGGCUAAUGUGUUGAGUGUGUAGAAAAGGAAUAAGGUCAUGACGUAUGCUGACUUUGAGUUUUGGUAUGGAUAUAUGAAAUGAAAUAUAAAAGAAAACCAGGAGUAGCGGAGGAAGUCAGGGAGUCGAGCCAUACAGAGAGGGACGCUAGAUAGAAGACCAUCAACAUCAAGUCCACUACGGUCCUCACUUAUUCCUAAUAUCAACAUCCAUUAUCUUAAAGUACAAUAUUUAUAAUAUAUUUUAUUUAUAGUGAACA